ACGGGUAGUCCUAAUCAACAACCGCUUUCGCCAUAUAUUGUCCUUCAUUGUCACGGUGGUGGUUAUGUGGCAACUUCGAGUAAAUCCCACGAGACGUAUUUACGGAUGUGGGCAAAACUUCUUAGUUGUACGGUGGUGUCUGUUGAAUAUUCGUUAGCACCAGCGAAUCCAUUUCCACGACCAACUGAAGAGGUGUUAUUCGCAUACGCUUGGAUCGUCAACAAUCCGCAGUUAGUAGGAUGGACAGGCGAGAAGAUGUGCAUGGUCGGAGAUUCAGCUGGCGGUAAUCUGAUCAUGUCUGUCAAUCUCCGGCUUAUAGAGUUGGACGUGAAAAAGAAACCGGAUGGGAUCGUACCAGUUUACACUCCGUUUCUUUUCCAGUAUCUGCCCUCGCCGUCUCGAGUUUUAAGCGUGAUGGACCCAUUGCUUCACAUGGGUGUAGUACUGCGCUGUGUUGCCGCGUACACCGGUGGAUACGGAAAUAAUAACAAGAAAAAGGAGGAGGGUGCAGACGGUGCAGGACAUAAGUCACUUCAGGAAUAUGUUGACCAUGUGCAGAAGUCCCAACGGUUCGACUUUGCUGGUGGUUCCCAAUCCAUCGUGUCUCUUGUGCAGAAUGUAAAGGGUCCGAAUGAUGCUAUUGUCACCGAACCUUGCUCAUUUUUCACCGAAAAAGAGACAACGGAAAAGAACGAAAAUCAGAAGAAUGAGGAAGAGGAUGAUGAGAGCGAAGAUGAUGACACUAGGAGUGUUAGUAGCGUCCAUGUAAGAACUCAUAUUUUUCUCUCUUUUUUUAGUUAACG